CGCCCCCUUUCUCUCAGUCUCCAUCGUCCCUUCAUCUCCAGUCCGCUUGUGUUGUCUCGGCGGCUGGUCGGUGUGGGAGAGCGGAUCUCGCGAGUGUUGGAGUUUUGGUGAGAGUUUGUGGAAGAUGGCGCCUGUUGUGACAGGGAAGUUCGGGGAGCGCCCUCAACCACAGCGCCUGACGAGAGAAGCGAUGAGAAACUAUCUGAAAGAGCGAGGAGACCAAACCGUUCUGAUCCUCCAUGCUAAAGUUGCACAGAAAUCCUACGGCAAUGAAAAAAGGUUCUUUUGCCCUCCUCCAUGUGUGUAUCUGAUGGGCUGCGGCUGGAAAAAAAAGAGGGAACAGAUGGAAAGAGACGGCUGCUCGGAGCAGGAGUCUCAGCCAUGCGCCUUCAUCGGCAUCGGGAACAGUGACCAAGAGAUGCAGCAACUCAACCUGGAGGGGAAGAAUUACUGCACAGCCAAAACGUUGUACAUCUCCGACUCAGACAAGCGCAAGCACUUCAUGUUGUCGGUGCGCAUGCUGUACGGCAACAGCGCCAACAUCGGCGUCUUCCUCAGCAAGCGCAUCAAGGUCAUCUCGAAGCCUUCCAAAAAGAAGCAGUCGCUCAAGAACGCUGACUUGUGUAUAGCGUCUGGAACAAAAGUGGCACUGUUUAACAGACUGCGUUCUCAGACGGUCAGUACACGCUACCUCCAUGUGGAGGGCGGGAACUUUCAUGCCAGCUCACAACAGUGGGGAGCCUUCUAUAUUCACCUCUUGGAUGAUGAGGAAUCCGAGGGAGAGGAAUUCACCGUGCGUGAUGGUUACAUUCACUACGGCCAAACUGUCAAACUUGUCUGCUCUGUCACAGGAAUGGCCCUGCCACGACUGAUCAUCCGGAAGGUGGAUAAGCAGACGGCCUUGUUGGACGCAGACGACCCCGUGUCUCAGCUGCAUAAGUGUGCCUUCUACCUAAAGGAUACUGAGAGGAUGUACCUGUGCCUUUCCCAAGAGAGGAUCAUCCAGUUUCAAGCCACUCCAUGCCCAAAAGAACCAAAUAAAGAGAUGAUCAAUGACGGUGCCUCUUGGACAAUCAUCAGCACGGAUAAAGCAGAAUACACCUUCUAUGAGGGAAUGGGUCCAGUCCACUCAUCCGUCACACCGGUGCCUGUUGUUGAAAGCUUACAGCUGAAUGGUGGAGGAGACGUAGCGAUGCUAGAGCUAACAGGGCAGAACUUUGCUCCAAACCUGCGUGUGUGGUUCGGGGACGUGGAAGCCGAGACUAUGUACAGGUGUGGAGAAAGCAUGCUGUGUGUCGUACCGGACAUCUCGGCGUUCCGUGAGGGUUGGCGGUGGGUGAGACAGCCAGUACAGGUUCCUGUAACACUGGUGCGGAACGACGGCAUCAUCUACUCCACCACCCUGACGUUCACAUACACGCCGGAGCCGGGCCCCAGGCCUCACUGCAGCGCAGCUGGAGCCAUCCUGCGCUCCGCUAACAACACCCCCAACACUGACACACCGAAUUCAGUCACGGCAAACUCCUCCAACGCCACAGCCGCUGUGGUCUCAUAACACACGUGAUAGCACUCGAGAACUUUAAAAAACAAAACAAAACAAAACAAAAAAAACACAAAACAAAAAAAAACUACAGGUACAUUUCAACAAAGUGCUGCAUAUAGAUUUCAAAACUGAACAAUUUAUUGGGCAAUGUAAACACAAAGUCAAGGAGUCCGGAGAGGAAAACCGAACAGGGGGGAAAGCGAAGCGGGAUUGGAGGUUGACGAGAGAGUUGGCGCUUGGUGACGGACAUGGCCGAACCGGCUGAGAACACCCACGCCUGUCGAGAUCCAGAAGACGAGAACAUCUGACCGUAGCAAUGAUGCAUUUAAUCAAGAAGUCUCUACGCCACCUUUUAUUUGAAUUCCAUCUAUCCCCCCACACUUUCCUGGAUUGUGUUUGUGUGAAGGAGUACAACGGCUUAUCACCUGUGGCUCGGUCUGGACUUAUGAGACAAGGGUCACGUUAAAUUUGUAAAUGAAACGUAGUUUUUAUGGACCAAGGUUAUUGCGUAAGCUUUAGUAAAGGUACAUUUUCCUCCAUACAUUUCUUUUUUGUAUCUAAACAUAUAGUAUGCUUUUGUUACCAAAUAGAUUCUGUUCCUACUCUGA